AUGUUCUCAAUAUUAUUCUAUAUUAUUCAGCAUCUCUUCAUAGUUGAGCAGCGAUUUUUUUGGCCUGAAGGUAAAACUGGUACCCUUGGCCCAUUGGGCCCGGAUGAAAUGACAAUGACUGUAUGUUCUGAGUUGGGACUUGACAAAGCGUCGUUGUUGGGCGCACAUUCCGGCAGAUACGAUCGUGAAUGCACCACAGUUGCGUGGGCCUUUUCAAAAUGUAUGUAUGCAUUUGAAGACCAACGGAAGGAUGGAUGGAUCGAGGCUUGCGGUCAGUGGGUUUUCCGUGUGAUUCCUAAACUGGACUGA